GACGUCCAUCACCCUUGGAGCGCGAUGCCCGCCGCAUCCUCCGCCUCCGCUGCCACACUACAAACGCUAGUGCAGCGCAUGAAGAGCGAAUUGGCGGCUGCCACGGACAGAAAAGAUAAGCUCUACGCGGAGUUGGUCGCGGCGAAUGAAAAAGAGCCAAAUGAACCGGCAAUGGACGUCCUCAAGACGCGUUUGAAGCUGAAUGAGGACCUGGUCGAGAUGAGACUAAAACUGGUGUCGUCAGUCAGUUCUGAGGCGACGGACUCACAGUUGGAGGAGAUGCGUGCACUUUUGACUCGAUGCGAAUCAGCUGCUAUGGAUAUUGCGGAAAGCAAGGCGUCGGCGGUGCCCCCCGCAGGUAAGAAAAAGACGUUGCUGAGGGACAAGGAGGGCCAGUUUACGCAGAAAGCCGCCGUGGCGGAAGCAUCGGCUUCUGUGCCCUCGACAUCGGUCAGCAAAGCGAAGAAGAAGACUCCCACCCCGCCACCCCAGCGCAAAGAAAUAGACUGGGACAAUUACCCGCUUGCACGGCCCCCCAAAGGUGAAAACUGGCACGAGUUCUACGAAAUGGAGGGCUUUCACGAUUUGGCCAAAGCCCAAGCAAGGGUAAAAAGAGGCGAUCCCAUGUUCAUCAGCAAAAGUCUUUCGUUCAAUACAUAUUUCGUCGUCCUUGCGCCGGAGCCACCUUGCGAUCGCUGUGUCAAGCAGAAUCUGCCCUGCUUAGCUCCAGACCCCGCGCAUAACACUAACACUAAUCAAUUCCGUUGUAUCACUUGCCGGGAGUUCAAUGGAGUGUGCAACAAGACCAUUCCGGGUAGCACGAAGCACGAAUACGCUGACGCCGUUGUUGCUUAUCACAAUACUGCCAACAGUCUUGAACAACGGCCCGGGUUGUGGAUGGGUCCGGAUGUCCCGGAGCUCGAUAUUUUGCCACACGGGGUGUGGGAGCGUCAAACGGAACUGGACAAGCAGCGAAGAACACGCAACUCGUUGGGGAAUGGCCUGUAA